AUGUCGCUCGAGAAGAUCACGACCAUCUCCCCCAUCACCAACAAGCCACUUCUUACACGCAAUGGCCUCUCGGAGGCUGAUGUGGAGUCUAUACCUGAGACAGCCUCAGCUGCCUUCGCCUCGUAUCGACAAACGCCACUCGCUGAACGAAAGGCCAUUGUCAAGAAGGCUUUGAAGAUUCUGAGCGACCGCCAAGAUGUUUUGGGUAAAGAGAUCACUGAGCAGAUGGGCCGCCCCAUUGCCUACACUGCCAAGGAGGUCGCCACGGCGGUUAUGCGUGGCGAGUACCUGCUCAAGAUCAGUGACGAGACGCUCAAGGACACGGAUGGUGAGCCCGAAAAGGGGUUCAAACGCUACAUCAAGAAAGUUCCACUUGGCCCCGUCUUGAUUCUGUUUCCAUGGAAUUAUCCGUAUUUGACUCUCAUCAACUCGCUAGUGCCAGCGCUGCUAGCAGGAAACUCGGUCAUUCUAAAGCCUUCCCCACAGACGCCAACCAGUGCCGAGCAGAUUCAACAAAUCUUCAAGGAAGCUGGCUUGCCUGAUGGUGUACUCCAAAUCUUCCACAGCGGAUCCUCGAUCCAGAUUGAGGCGAUUGCGCGGUCGCCGAAGAUUCAGCUCGUCUGCUUUACUGGAUCGGUAGCCAACGGCCUUGCCAUUCAACAAGCUGCCAAUGAUCGUGUUCCCCUUCGGAUUGGCCUUGAACUAGGAGGCAAGGAUCCCGCAUACGUGCGUUCCGACGUUGAUGUCAAGUGGGCCGCAGAAGAGCUCGUAGACGGUGCCAUCUUCAACUCGGGCCAGAGCUGCUGCAGUGUCGAGAGGAUCUAUGUGGACGAGAAGAUCCAUGACGAGUUUGUGUCUGCAGUCCAGGAGGUCCUCAGCGGAUACAAGCUCGGCGAUCCAUUCGACAAGAGCACCCAUGUUGGCCCCGUAGUAUCCAAGCGAUCUGCAGAGGCCAUCCAAGCGCAUAUCAAGGACGCUCUGGACAAGGGCGCCAGAAAUGCCACUCCGGAAAAUGAUACGUUCAAGAACCCACCCGCUGAUGGCAACUACGUCGCUCCGACGCUUCUGACAAAUGUCACUCACGAGAUGGCAGUCAUGACCGAGGAAACGUUUGGUCCUGUGAUUCCAGUCAUGAAGGUCAAGAGCGAUGCGGAGGCCAUCAAGCUCAUGAACGACAGCCAAUUUGGACUUACGGCCAGUAUUUGGACAAAGGAUGUUAGCAAAGGCCACGAGCUCGCCGACGACGUCGAGGCCGGUACCGUAUUUGUCAAUCGAUGCGACUACCCCGCACCUGACUUGGCAUGGGUUGGCUGGAAAGACUCGGGCAGAGGUCAGACUCUGAGUAAAUUCGGUUUCGAUCAGUUUGUCAAGCUCAAGAGCUAUCACGUCAAGGACUACCCGAAAUAGAAGCACCGGCAUGAGGCACACAGGUAAUGAGUACAGGAGACUCGACGCGAAACUGUCUCUGCCUGGCGAGAACGGUUCCAACAACAUGACGAUUCGUAGUCGCUAAGGGCUCGGCGUCGGACUGGAUAAAUCUUACAAAAAAGUGCCGCACGCCGUUCAUGAAUUUCGACAGAUGUGACAAUGAUGACGAUCGCAUCGAGAAGUGCCGUAAUAUGGGUGUUAUACUUUCGAGUCGCUAUGCAAAGUGGCACUACCAGGCACAGGCGACGCGACGCGCUCUCCGCGCAAUCACCUGAACACGCUUAUCGCAAGAGUAUAUCAGUGUGGAGAAACC